AACAUUUGCUUGGGAAAACCUAUCAACUUGAACAAAACCCAACAUUUGAUGCAUGAUUUGCAUUAAGAAACCAGUAAAAAUCCCAUUUAAUUACUCAAUCUAAACUAUCCAGACAUUAAUAUUUAAUAUUUUAAUUUGUAUUGUAUGCAUCCCAAUUGGACCCUCAAAAGUGCAAAAUGGCAUUGCAGCAGUAUUUUCAGGCUUGUAAAUACGUCUCCCGAAACAAAGUUUACAUGACACAAUCAUCCAACAAUAGGCAAGGAAAGUCCCCGGCGGAGGAAUUCGCACCGCUAGCCACCACAUUCAGGCGGCGCUUGCUUGCCGGAGUCGGUUCAGCUUCCCUUGUAGCUGUUGGUGCAAAUUUUGGUGGCUUAACAAGUUUCCUCCUGGGGUUGGUACCUGAGAGUGGUCGAAGUUUGAAGCUGGACGUGCUUUAUCCAAUAGAAGGAUACAGUCGUCGGAUUGAAAACAAUGAAGGAUUUGAGUUCAUAUAUCCGGCGAGUUGGGUUGGUGAUCAAAGGUUGCUAUAUAGAGCAGCUGAGAGAUUAGAGAGAUCACUUGAUCCACUGCCUACCAAUAGUCCAAAAUCCGGUAACCGUCCCCGGAAGAAUGUGAACGAACCAAUCGUUGCAUAUGGUCCGCCUGGUUCAAGCGGGGAGCUGAAUGUUAGUGUCAUUGUUUCACCAGUUCCCCUAGACUUCUCAAUUGAAACAUUUGGAGGGCCAAAAGAGGUGGGUGAAGUGGUGGUUAAAACGAUAACUGGGCAACGCUCUGAUGUGAAAGGAACAUUGAUAGAAUCAACAAUGAGAGAAGAUCCUAAGAUGAAUGUGAAGUAUUAUGAGCUGGAAUUCAAGGUUGAAAGUCCUUCAUUCAAGCGUCAUAACGUUGCCGUUUGUUGUGCUCGUGGAGGUAAGACUUGAAGUAAGCUUCGAAAUCAAGCAAAUAACGAGACAGACAAAGGUUUCGUGAGAAUAUUUGCAACUUGAUCACACGCUGGCACUUCAUCGACAACAAGAAACCCAUCAGCCACCUUUUCGCGAACAAAAAACAGGUCAAGUUCAACAUGUUUGAAUUUAAAAUGUAAGAUUGGAUUAGCUGUAACAGCUACCGCACUUGAAUUAUCACACCAAACUAUAGGAGGAUCAGUAGAACUAAUUUGUAACUCUAUUAACAGAGAAACUAACCACGCAAUAUCACUAGAGACUACAGUAAGACUUCGAUAUUCAGCCUCUGCUGUGGACCGUAACACAAAUUGUUGUUUCUUAGGACACUAUAAAACAAGUGUGUGACCGAAGUAGACACAAAACCUUGUAGUAGAUCGAUGAUCAUCAAAAUCAAGACCCCAGUUGGCAUCAGCAUAUCCAACCAAAGACAGUCUAUUAGAUCGGUGAAAAACUAGCCCAUGAGUGAUAGUACCAUGUAAAUAUCUUAGGAUACGUUUCAAGGCUAUUAAAUGAACCGUAGUAGGUGCCUGCAUGAACGGACAGACACAAUUUACAGCAUAGGCAAUAUCUGGCCGAGUUAGAACCACAUAUUGAAGAGCACCAGCUAGGCUUUUGUAUUUAGUAGGAUCUGCAAACCGAUCACCUUCAUCCUUAGACAAAGUCGUGAACUAACCAUUGGCGUAUGAACACUCUUUGCAUUAGCUAUAGAACUUCUGUCAAGAAGGUCUCGAAUGUAUUUGCGCUGGCAUAAGUGCAGACUGCCAGUGGAGAACCUAUUGACCUCAACCCUUAAAAAAUAAUGAAGCUCACCCAUAUCUUUUAGAGAAAACUCAGUAUGUAGUUGCUGAACAAAAUAACUUAUUUCAUCAGUCGAACUGCCAGUAAUAAUAAUAUUUUCCACAUAGACCAAGAUAUAAAUAGUGGACUUGGUCGAAACUUUAACAAACAAUAAAGCAUAAGCUUUAGACAUAACAAAACCAGUAGAGGUAAAAAACUGUUUCAACUUUUCAAACCUGGCACAAGGAGCUUGUCGUAAUCCAUACAAAGCCUUCGUUAGACGGCAUACCAAAGGCUUACCAUUUGGUCCAUAUUGAACACAUCCUAGAGGCUGCUAUAUGAAUACUUCAUCAGUCAAGUCUCCAUCUAAAAAAGUAUUGUUUACAUCAACCUGACGAAGGUUUCAACCAUUAGAUACAGCAACAGAUAAAAUGGUUCGGAUCGUAGCAGGUUUGACUAUUGGGAUAAAUGUUUCUUUGAAGUCACACUCACGAACUUGAGAGCAUCCCUUUGCUACCAACCGUACUUUUCUACAAUUAACUGUCCCAUCAGGAUUCUUCUUGAUUUUGAAAAGCCAUUUGCACCAAAUUGUUUUCCGACCAGAAGGUAGAGAAACUAGUUCCCAGGUAGAGUUGGUCAUUAAAGCAUCAAAUUCAGCUUGAACAACACUUUUCCACUCCGUAUGAGCAAGAGCUUCCUCAACUGACAACGCCUUUGGCUUAAAAAUUCAUGUCUUAGACUGAGUAACCAUAGCAUAAGUAUUUCUUAUAGAAAGAGAAUGAAUAAUUGGAGACACACUAGAUUGAUUGACUGAACUAGCUUCUAUAGACAAACUUGAAAGACAACACUCGUUUAUAUUUUCCCCAAAUUUAGCUAGUGAAUCAACUGAGACUGACUGACUAGGAUGACACGUAUCUGGUAACUCAACCGAAACAGAUCGGUCAGAAUGGCAGUUUGGAGCAAGAGGCAGAGGUACAGUUGGUGACGAGAUAGUGGUGUUGCUGGGUUCUGUAGUAGAUCGAACAGAAGAGGUUCGAACAACAGGAACAUAUGUGAGAGAACUGGAAGAGGACUGAACAAUGGGUAAAGCAGGCAAGUGAAACAGAAAUCAACGUUCAUCAAACACAACAUGACGAGAAAUAACAACUUUACCCUCUGGUGUGAGACAAUGAUAGCCUUUAUAUUGAGAGCUAUACCCUAGAAAUGUAUAUGGCUGAGAGCGAAAAUCCAGUUUGUGUGACACAAAAGGACGUAAGUACGAAAAAAAACAAAAACCAAACACCUUUAAGUGAUCAUACUUAGGCUCAUGACCAUAAAAAUUCUAAUACAGAGACUGAUCUUUCAGAACCGAAGUAGGUAAACGAUUAAUAAGAUGAACAGCACUACAAAAUGCAUAUCCCCAAUAAUCUAUAGGUAGAUUAGCUUAGGCCAAGAGUGUAAGACCGGUUCCACAAUAUGUCUGUGUUUACGCUCAACAACCAUAUCUUGUUCUAAAGUAUGUGUGCAGGAAACCCGAUGAAGAAUCCCAUGACUAGCUAGAACUGAUGUAAAUGCACGAAACUCACCACCCCAGUCACUCUAAAACUUUUUUAAUUUUCUUUUCGAAUUGCAUGACAAUCAUUUUCUGAAAUGAAGAAAACAGUCAAGUGCUUGAGACUUACGUUUAAUCAAAUAAACCCAGAUAAACCAACUACACAUGUUUGCAAACGAAACAUAAUACAGAUUGCCCCCACAUGCAACAGGAGCUGGCCCCCACAAAUCGGAAGCAACCAAUUCAAAUAAUUUCAUAUAUUCAGUAGUAGAAUGUAAAAAGGGCAAUUUAUGUGAUUUCCCUUUCUGACAGGCAAUACAAACAUUAUCAAGACAUUUUUUAUUUGAAACAAUUUGACACUUAUCAAGAACAUGUUUAACAACUACAGCAGAAGGAUGACCAAGUCUAUUAUGCCUUAAUAACACAAUAAGACGGAUGAAAUUCAAAAAACACAUUAUUGUCAGUAACAAACUGAGACACAGACAUAAGAUUUUUUUGGAUGUUGGGCACACACAAAACAUUAGACAGAUGUAAUAACUUUUUUGUUGUAGGCAGAACCGUAUUACCAAUAGAUGAAAUUUUAGUAGGAGUUCCAUUUCCCAUGACCAAAAAAGAAGCAUUUGAAUAUGAAGCUGUCGUAUUUAACCCGGAAGUAUUCUGACAGACAUGAUGAGUGGCUCCUGAAUCUAGAUACCAGGACGAGGUCCCUACUGGUACAGGAACAUACGAAUCAGUGUUAUCAAAAUUAGAGUCAUAUUGUGUGGCAGCUGAAAAAUCAGAUGCACGAAAGUUAGGAAUUCAGGGCAGCCCAACACCCUUAGAGGAGUCAAAAUUAAAUACUCGAGCAUGAAGUUUAUUCCACCACGUAACCUCGAGACUAUUAUGUCGCAUAGAGCUGUCAAAGCCCGCAUAACUAGUAACGGGCUCAGAAGGAUUCUGUGCAAAAUUUUGACCAGCAUUAACAUAUCCAUUAUGCGGCCCACUAGGACUAUUCAGCCCAAACGACUAGUUUGAAAUAGUUGGCCUAGGCACCCCAGCAGCAGGCUCAAACUGUUGUUGGCCCAAGUUAUACCCAAAAGGAGACCCAAAUCCGUGCUCCAUAUCACGCCCAAAUACACGGCUUAAAUUACUUCCAUACUCACGCCCACUUUGCGACUGUACACACGGGCCAUACACCACAUGCGGGCCAGCCUGAGACCAAAUACAACCAUCAGUAAAAUAAUUAGGGUUCCUCCAAUUGAAAACCCCAUAUCCAAAUGCUGAAGACCACGGCCACCUUUCCUAUGAAGUCAGUUCGACCUCCAGAUGCUGCCUAGAUCCAUCAUAGGCAAGACAGCCGCAUUUAGAUUUGAAGUCAGAACACCAUCCGGAGACGUCAUGAACCUAGGCGAAGCAGGUAGAGUACCGUCUAAAAAACCUUGCAGCUCAUUUCCUUCUGUGAUUAAUCUGAUAUGUUGCUGCCACUGCAUAAAAUUCUUCUCAUCUAAUUUUAUUGUGUUAUGAUGAGGAAAAGCUUUAAUCAAUCAUGAACUGGAAAACGACGGAGUAGAAUGAUCAACGGACGUGGAAUCUUGUGAAUUAGCCAUAGAACAGCAGCGGGCAUCGACAGUAGGUGGUUAGGUGACUGAUACCAUGUUAGAUACUAUGCAGAAAAUGUAUGAAAAAGAUAAACUACUACGUAAUCCUUUCAAUUAAUAUUUCUUCUCUCUUGA